AUGAAGGUGGGACAAAAGGAUAACACUUUCUGCCAGAGAAUCCAGAAUUCCAGUAGUACAGAGAAGAAAAAAUUAGAAAUUAUAUAGAAUUUUUAAAAAAGAUUUCUCAGUUACAAUGGCUCAACAGAAGAAAAUACAGCUCAAGCGAGAACUUGGGUAUUUCUGGGGCACCGAUUUUUUAAUUAUUAAUAUAAUUGGGGCAGGAAUUUUUGUGUCUCCCAAAGGGGUUCUGGAGUAUUCUUGCAUGAAUAUAGGUAUCGCCCUAUGUGUUUGGAUUGUCUGUGCUAUAUUGUCCCUGACAAACUCUCUUUGCUUUGUGGAGAUAAGUGUAACUUUCCCAUGCAGUGCAGCUCAUUACUUUUUUCUGAAGAGAUGCUAUGGCUCCAUGGCUUCCUUCCUGAGAGUUUGGACAUCCAUUUUUCUGGGGCCAGCAAUGACUGCUGGCCAUGCCCUGAUGCUAACUGAGUAUGGUCUCCAGCCUUUUUAUCCCAGCUGUGUUACCCCAAAUCUACCAAAGAAAUGUGUAGCCCUGGCUGCAUUGUGGAUGGUGGGAUUUCUGAACUGCCGAGGAAUAAAAGAGAUGACUUGGCUUCAGAUGGCCAGCACAGUGCUGAAGAUAUCCAUACUUAGUAUCAUUUCCCUAAGUGGAGUGUUUAUUCUGGUGAGAGGAAGGAGGAAGAAUAUAGAAAAGUUGCAGAACAUUUUUGAUGGGGACAUUCCAGACAUCUCCCAGAUAAUAGAAGCCAUCUUCCAAGGAUAUUUUGCAUUUUCAGGAGGGGGGUGCAUUACAUUCAUAGCAGGGGAGUUGAAGGAACCCAGUAAGACAAUUCCCAAAUGCGUACUUAUGGCAGUACCUCUGGUGACUGUGGUUUAUUUACUGGCUGAUAUCUCCUACUUGACUGUCCUGUCACCCAGGGAAAUUCUCUCUUCAGGGACGGUGGCAAUGACAUGGACUGCCAACAUGAUCCCUCAGUUAACAAGGAUUGUUCCUUUUGCGAUUUCUGCCUCAUUAUUGAGUAACAUUAUGAUUAAUGUAAUUGAGGUCUCAAGAAUAUUUUUAAUUGCAGGGCACCUAGACCAACUGCCUUUGUUAUUUAAGACACUUAAUAUUCACUCCUCUCCAUUUAUACCUGUCCUAGUAAAUGUUAUUAUGGCAUCCUUUUUAAUUGCUUCAGCAAGUCUAAUGGAGCUGAUAAACUAUGUGUAUUUUGUGUCUUCUAUCUGGACUACACUAAUCAUGAUUGGAAUACUGAAACUGAGAUACCAGGAGCCCAAUCUACAUAGACCUUAUAAGGUCUCUUUACCAUUUGUAUUUAUAACAAUAGCCAUCUGCAUGUGCUUGGUUCUUAUACCACUGAUAAAGUCUCCAAAGAUGCAUUAUAUCUAUGUGACUCUGUUUAUUUUCAGUGGACUACUGCUUUACAUACCUUUCACACGCUUUAAAUUGAAGUUGGUUUGGGUUGAGAAACUGACUUGCUAUUUACAAUUGCUAUUUAAUAUCUGCAUCCCUGAUGAGCCUGACAAACUAAUGUUAGAAAUAGAAACUUAUAGCCAUUUAGAUCAAGUUCCAAAUAAAGACUGAACACAUGAUAGAAUAUUAAUGAUGAAAUUCCCAUGGUAAUUUACUUAAAUGAAAUAAUGUAUGUGACAGUGCUCAGGAUAGAACCUUGCCUUCAAAUCACAAAUAAAUCAUUAUGUGUAACUAAAACUCUGUUUUG